AUGCCCAUCGUUUCAUCCCAUCGACGUAAAGUGCGAUUUCCAAAGCCCCCAACUCCUAUCGCCACAGAAAAGCCAAAGCCAAAGCCGAAAAGGCGCCAGAUUUCAUCCGGAAUGGCCAGCCAAGAGUCACAAGAGCCACGACCGGGGAUCCCAGCCGUGUUCACACAACCGCCGCUCAUUCGUGACCCGCUUGUGACGGAGACCAUCGAUCUGCAGGACGCUACUCUUGAAAAGUGUCUACCUUUCCUCAAGGGAGUUCAUGACAAGCAGAGUGGUCCUUUUAAUGCAUAUGGAGUGCCCACUCUCAACCGGGAUGAUCAUGUAGCUUAUCUUUACGAUGCGCUGGAAGAUUACCCCUCGGGGUUUGCUAUGAUGGAUGCGAGUCGUCCAUGGAUGGUGUAUUGGAGUUUAACCGGCCUGUUUCUCAUGGGAGAGGAUCCAAUUCAAUUUCGUGAACGUGUGCUAGCAACCUUGCGCCCCAUGCAGAACUCUACCGGCGGCUUCGGUGGUGGCCAUGGUCAACUAUCACACAUCGCCGGAAGCUAUGCUGCCGUUUUGGCACUUGCUACUGUCGGGGGUGAGGAUGCAUUCUCCAUGAUUGAUCGACACGCCAUGUGGCAAUGGCUCGGUCGAUUGAAGCAGGUUGAUGGAGGAUUCCGAGUGUGUGAGGAUGGAGAAGAAGACGUGCGAGGUGCAUACUGUGUCAUGGCCAUUCUCACUCUGCUUGAUUUGCCGGUGGCGCUACCUCCCACCUCAAAAGCCCGGAAGGCUGGCUUAGAAAAUUUAACUGACGGCCUGGCAGAAUAUUUAUCAAGAUGCCAGACCUUUGAAGGUGGCAUCUCUGGAAGUCCUGGUGUGGAGGCACAUGGGGCAUAUGCUUACUGCGCAUUAGCAUGUCUGUCUCUCUUAGGUUCCCCGGAGGAGAUAAUCCCCAGAUACAUGAACGUGCCUCUACUAGUCUCUUGGCUAUCUGCUCGUCAGUACGCCCCAGAGGGCGGUUUUUCUGGCCGAACAAAUAAGCUCGUCGAUGGAUGCUAUAGCCACUGGGUUGGUGGAUGCUGGCCAAUCCUGCAGUCGGCUUUAGAUGGAAAGCCUCGAGGUUCCGAUAUCCCAAUAGAGACAGUUGGCAGUCUGUUCAGCCGCGAAGGUCUGACCCGAUACAUUCUCGGGUGCUGUCAAUCACCAUUCGGAGGCCUUCGCGACAAACCCGGAAAAAACCCGGAUUCCUACCACACUUGCUACGUCCUAGCAGGCUUGAGCGCACUGCAGCACUACCAUUAUCGCACGGACACUAGCUCUAACAAGAAAUUUGCAGGCGCUUUUUCGUGGAAGUCAACCCCGAUCCGGGAUGGCAAUGUUUACGAGCGGAAAGACCGCUUAGAGCCCAUCCACCCUCUCUAUGGAAUCCCGUAUCCGGCCGCGGAUGUCAUGCGGCUCUGGUGUGAAGCCCAGCCUGUGAUGCUGGUCUGA